AUGCAUGUGCAUGUCUACCUUUCAUCAUCAUCAGCAUAUCCGUCUGGUAUUCUCUUAAAGCUCCUUACUGGACCGUUUACUAAGUUUAUUCCAGUGUGGCUGUCAGUGGCGGCGAGCCUGGCAGUGGUGGGUGUGGCCAUGAUGGGCAUGAUGUGGGUAGGCAACAAGUUUCAGUGGAAUACCAAAGUGGUGCCUGCGUGGUGGGCGGCGGAGUGGAGCAUCCAAGGAGUGGUUCAGCAAUCAACUUCAUGGCUGCCUGGAAACGCUAGUGGUCGGGUCCUAGUGGCAGUGUGGCUCCUGUCUGCCCUGGUGAUCACGACCACUUACAAGGGAAACAUCACCGCCAUGCUCACACUGCCCAAGACUAACGUGCCCAUAGAUUCCAUAGCCGACCUCGCCAACCAGGACCGCCUGCCCUGGAAACUAGAGUUUGGAGGGAUUGACAAGCUCAUGAUGGAGUCUGAAGAUAAAGCGACGCAAAAGGUGGGCAGGGAAGUGUCUGGUUUCAUCCCCAGCUGCUGGUCGGGGCGUGAGGCAAUCCGCGCUGGGGAGUUCGCUUCAGUUUGUGACACACUCACCAUACGGUCCAUUAUGUCAUGGGACUUCAGCAUGACUGGUCGGUGCCACUUCUACAUGGCAAAACAUCGCCUGCAGGACGUCAGGACUCUGUCGUUGCUGUUCCCUCCUGGAUCCAUUUACUUUGCCACGGAGUCCUGA